GAGCUCUCUCACUCGGUCCGCGAACAGCGUGCCGAGGCUAAGCCUGGAAUGGCUAGCUGGUUUCGGCCCUACUGUUCGGCCGGGCCGCGGCAGAUGCAGCCGACUGCAACAUGCCAAUGCAAGGAGCCACAGAGCCGAUUACGGAAGCUGCACGACCGAGGGCCUCAGUCCUGCCCUAUCCUAUCACACAACCUCGCCCUCGGGUUCUUUUCACAACCUUUCUCUUCAAUCUUUUGCCGUGCAGCGCGAGAGAGUGUUCCUCAAUUCGUUUGAAGAGGACGCGCGGCUGGCCCUGUUCAUUCUGAUACCCCUUGUCUGAGUCAGUCAGCAUUGCAUUUCGUGGCGCUUGCGGGAACUUCCUUUCUGUUCUCCCUUCGUGUCCGUAUCUUCUUCAUCUGCGCUCGGCUUCCAUAAGUUAUGGCGGGUUCCGAUACUUCGAAUCCACAAGACGAUGUAUCCAAGGCGAUAACAGCAUUCACGGGAUUCCUCAACGAAGGCACAUUACUAGACUUGGCAGCCCGGUUCUCGGAGACAUAUGCCAGCCUCGCUAAGACGUCGCUUGAACAUUUCCUGGUCACGCCAGUCACUGCGCUUCCGACGGGGAAAGAGAAGGGCAGGUUUCUCAGUAUUGAUGUUGGCGGGACGAACCUAAGAGCUGGAUUAAUCGAGUUGAUGGGCGAGGCCGACGGUGGGGUUCAAGAUGAUGGGUCAAAACCGUUUGAGAAAAUAAGGAGGUCCCACGAUAAGAAUUGGCCGAUUGAAGAGCAUCUGAAGAUGGACCAAGCGGAGGAUCUAUUUGCGUGGAUCGGGGACUGCAUCGCAGAGGUUAUUAAAGAUGCGCUUGAUGAUAUACCUCCGUCAGAGUGCAUGGACUCGCCGUUCGGCGAAGAGCUACUUCUGGGGAUUACAUUCAGCUUUCCUAUGGCCCAGAAAUGUCUGUCCGAAGCUACCUUGCUCCCCAUGGGCAAAGGCUUUGCGAUCACGUCCGAUCUAAAUCUUGGCAAGAUGUUGCUCGCCGGCUACGCACGUCAUUUGGUUGGGCCUUCUGCGAAUGGCAAGAGUGAACAGGACGAAGAAAAUCCAUCGAACAAAAAGAGAAGGCUCUCACGACUUCCAAGGAUACGGAUAGCAGCCAUCACGAACGACACUGUAGCUACGUUUGCAUCUUUAGCGUAUGCUGUCAAAGCAGCACCGAACAGCCGAGUAGCGAUGGGGCUGAUCGUAGGUACCGGUACGAAUGCGACAGUGCCAAUGAAGCUCGAAGUACUGCAUCCGGCCAAGAAAGAUGGUCUGGCCAAUCCAGAAGCCGUAGAGACGGUGGUCAUCAACACCGAAUGGACGAUACGAGGAACAGACAAGCCCCUAAUAGACCUCAACAUCAAGACUCCGUGGGAUCUCACGCUAGAUGCAAACAGCGAAGCUCCGGGAUUUCAGCCUUUCGAAUACAUGACCGCAGGUCGCUAUUUGGGCGAGAUUGUACGGCUGGUCUUCACAGAUCUCGUUUCGAAAGAGCCAGACGCCCGUCUUCCGCCAUCCCUGGAAACGAAGAACGCGAUACCCACGAGAUUCCUUUCCGAGGUAGUAGCUAGAGCCGAUGACGCGACCUUGACGGAGGCGCUUCAGAAGAAAUACGCACCGAUAUCGUCCACGACAUUCUUCUGGACGCCUACGCGGGUGAAACAGAUACGUGAUAUUGCUUACGCCGUGCAACAACGGUCCUCGGCGCUGAUUGCCGCGGCAUGCGUUGGCCUGUUGGAUUGUGCGCACGAUAUACGAAUAGACCGACCCGGUCAAACCAAAGCAAAUGGGACCGAAGCCCAUAACAAGUGCGAGGCCGAGGAACUAGUGAUUGCGUAUGCUGGUGGAACUAUCUCACAAUACCCAGAGUGGCUAGUAACGUGCCAGCGUUGGAUCGAUGCUCUGGUUACCAAAGCAUCACCCGCGAAUGCAUCGAAGCGUGUGGUUCUGAAAGAGGCACUUGAUGGAGGCAUCAUUGGAGCAGGUGUACUUGCUAGCAUGACCGACGACAUUGCAUAGAGACAUCGCACGGGAAAGACGCGCUUUAGAUUUCUAGAGAGGGGUUCUACUGCCGGUAUGGUAGUCCUACCCGUUGUAAUCUUUUAUUGGGAUUGAACAGUGUCCCCUGUGCUACCUAGGUACGUUCCACUUGCACAAGACUCA